AACACCUCAAUGGAUUGACUACAACGACACAAUGACUUAUGUCUACGCAUCCGAACCGCUGAUGCUCCCAGUGGGAGUAGAAACAUACGACUGUGCAUUGUCCCUUGUGCUCGGAUUCGAUCACCUGUUGAAAUCGGGCAUAAGUCUCGACACCAUCCUCUCAAACGCUGUCGACACUUCGUUCCUCGAGCCAUCCUUCUUUUUGAACUACACGUAUAAUGGCGCAACUGGCCCUCUCGAAUAUGAUUCGCAAGGAAAUCGACUCUACGGUGUAUAUGAUAUUUAUUCUGUGAUGAACAACAGCUUAACGGGGUGGCUCGAAGCCGAAAUUUACAUCGAUGCAACCAAUGCUUCCAAAAGCUCUGUGUUGUUUGAAAACACGACCAGCUUUGGAACGGCCGUCUGGAACGUGACUUCGCCGCUCCUGAACAUUCCGGUGGACUUCCCUCCGCUGGUCUUCAUGAACCCGACACUGCUGAGUUCCAGGGGGGUGUUUGGGGCCAGCUUGGCCCUCAUCGCCUUGGCUACCGUUUCGGCGCUCUACCUCACAAUCCUGGCAGCACGCAAACACCAAAAACUGCGACUCUUCAACUCACUCUAUGUGAUAUCAGUGCACCUUGCCAUUAUCUUGUGCAUGCUAUCGGUUGUCUCGGAGCUCGGAGUUCCCUCUCAGGCCUUGUGUCGGCUGUUCAAGUACGGCAUGGAGAACAUCAAGGUUUCGCUCAUUGGAGGCUGCAUUGCAUCCAAGAUGCUUCGUUUCUUGAUGAUACGCAGAAGCACCAAGAUAUCGCAGUCGGUUCUGCCGAACAAUCUCCUGCUCACGAUUGUAGCAGCCAUCUUGGCGAUCAACACUAUCAUCACCCUGCUCCUUGAUAUACUCUCAGUCCUGUCACCAGUCAAUGUGGCAACAAGCGCAGAUGGGCUCAGCGUCUAUGCAUUGUGUAUGGCAGCCGACCCCAGCAUCAACAGCAUCGUCAGCGGUCUUCAGAUAGGAUUCAACUCUGGAGUAUUUCUGGUUUCGGCAGUGUAUGCCGUCGAGCUGCGAAACUCGAUCUGCUACAGGUAGCUAUGAGGUCAAGUGGAUCAUGGCAAGCUCGAGCCUCGUCACGAUGAUCUACCUGCUCUUUGCGGUGUUCACGAAUGUCUUUGUGUC